CACACACUUUUUCAGUCGGAAACAGACAGAGGUUAGUUAUUACCAGUGCAGGGCUGCAGUCCGGAGUCUCCGAACAAGGCUUUCGUUGUCGUACUUUCCGUCUCUCUUAUUUCAACGUCUAUCACCGGAUGAGCCUAAUAUGACUCAAAGAAUUCAUCGCUAACCAAUACCUAAAUGCACCUGGAGUUCUAAACGGAAGAACAAACCGCCUGUGCUGCCGUCGUUCCCAAACGUGGAUACAAAGGGAUUCAGAGGUGGACUAUAGAGUUCAGACAUCAUGGACUCGGGAGUGGCCGUGGGAGCUGUGGCCGAAUCGCACGCAGACAGUAAGUGUGAGCGGUCUCAUUUCCUGCGGGACAAUGAGGAGGUGCAGGAGCACUCACUGCAAUAUGAGGAGAGGAUAGCUGAGCUCCACAGCAUCAUUGCUGAACUCAACGAGAGGAUUGGCCUGCUGCAGUGCACCACAAUCAGAGAAGAUUGUGAAUUUUCAGAGUUGCAUUCCGAGCUCAACCACAGUCAGCAGGAAGCCACUGAAGAUGUGGACCAGGACCAAGUGUCUUGUCUCUCUUUACUUGAAAACCAGUCAGUGCUGGUCACUGCAGACAUGGAUAACUGCAGUGAUCUAAAUUCAGAGUUGCAACGGGUGCUGAUGGGCCUUGAGAGUGUGGUAUGUGGCCGCAAGAAGAGUGCCUGCAGUCUCUCAGUGGCUGAGGUGGACAGGCACAUUGAGCAGCUCACCACAGCCAGCCAGCACUGUGACCUUGCCAUUAAGACUGUAGAGGAGAUUGAGGGGGCACUGGGCAAAGAUUUUUACCCAAGUCUGUGUGAGGAGCGUGUUCGCUGGGAGAAGGAACUGGCAGGUUUGCAGGAAGAGAACGAGAGUUUGACAGCAAUGCUGAGCAGCAAAGAUGAAGAACAUAAUCACACCAAAGCCACCAUGAGUGCCAUUCGUGAGGAGAGAGACCGCCUCCGCUGCCGUGUGCGGGAGCUGCAGACUCGACUACAGAGUGUCCAGCCCGGUGGGGGUCAGUUCAGUCCAGGUCGUGUAAUACCUGCCGGGCGAGCCAAUCUGAGCACAGGCGAGCUCAGCACCAGCAGCAGCAGCAAUGACAUCCCUGUAGCCAAGGUGGCAGAGAGAGUAAAGCUUUCCAAAAUGUUGCCAGAGUCAUCAUCAAUGGAAAGAGCCAAGCAGGACUCAGAGAUUAGCAGUAUUGGGGUGUCCAGUAAUGUAGAGGAUCAUCUGGCACACUCUCUGCAGGACUGCUCUAACAUCCAGGAGAUCUUCCAGACACUUUACUCUCAUGGCUCUGCCAUCUCGGAUAACAAAAUCCGGGAGUUUGAGGUUGAGACCGAGCGUCUACACAGUCGAAUUGAGCACCUAAAGUCCCAGAAUGAUCUAUUAACCAUCACACUGGAGGAAUGUAAGAGCAAUGCAGAGAGGAUGAGCAUGCUGAUGGGCAAAUAUGAGUCCAAUACUACAGCUCUGCGCCUGGCUCUGCAUUACAGUGAGCAGUGUAUCGAGGCUUAUGAGCUACUGCUAGCUCUGACAGAGACAGAGCUUGGUCUGGUGCUGGGCCAAUAUAAAGUGGCUAGAGUCAGCACUGUGGGAGAUCGGGGUAGUGAGGAGAGCAUCUUUCACUUGCUGAAGCAAGCUCAUGACUACAGGAAGACUGCAGAGACUGCAGCUAAAGAUUUACUGUUUCGGCUGGAUGGCAGCUGUGGAGGCAUUUUUACUGUUACUGGCUGCAAUGUGCAACCCUGGGAGAGCCUGUCCUCUAACAGCCAUACCAGGUACAGCUGCACAACCAGCUCCACAGCCAGCAGCUGUGAUACAGACUUCUCUAAAGAGGAUGAGCAGCGGCUAAAGGAUUAUAUCCAGCAACUGAAGAAUGAUCGAGCGGCUGUUAAGCUCACAAUGCUGGAGCUAGAGAGUGUGCACGUCGACCCUCUAAGUUAUGACAUCAAACCACGUGUAGACUCGCACCGACUUGACCUGGAGAACGCUGUACUCAUGCAGGAGCUAAUGGCUAUGAAGGAGGAGAUUGCAGAGAUGAAGGCUCAGCUAUAUCUGUUGGAGAAGGAGAAAAAGACACUGGAGCUGAAGCUGAGCACUCAGGAAGCACAAGAACAGGCAUAUCUAGUACAAAUUGAGCAUCUGAAAUCAGAGGUAGAGGAGCAACAGGAGCAGAGGAGAAGGUCACUCAGUUUUACAAAAAGCAGCACCAAGGACGAAAGUCCCAAAGACUCUUCAGUGAUUGUGUCAGAGCUAAGAAGCUUCAGUGACAGUGACCCUUCAGCAGAACUCAAUAAUGCCCUUCAGAAGGAAAUGAAGCUGAAGGUCCGAGUGAAAGACCUGGUGGCUGCACUAGAGAAACUAACCAAAUGCAGUGAGAUUCGGCACCAGCAAUCUGCAGAGUUUGUGAAUGACCUCAAACAAGCCAACAGUAACCUGGUGGCAGCCUAUGAGAAAGCCAAAAAGAAACAUCAGAACAAGCUGAAGAAGCUGGAGUCCCAAAUGAUGGCCAUGGUGGAGAGACAUGAGACGCAGGUGCGCAUGCUUAAACAGCGCAUCACUCUUCUGGAGGAGGAGACGUCACAUCAGCAUACCAAUGAGACCUCCCUCUGACACAUGACAGACUUGGAUACACAAUUACAUACACAGCAGGACACAAUAGCUCUUCUCUUUGAGAUAUAUAAUGAGAUUUGUGAACAUAUUUAUCGACAGGAUCUCAGAAAACAUUGGGUUCUUCUACGCACUCUGUUUGUCUACUAACUACUCAAUCAGUAAGUGAGCCAAAUAUAGCAAAUAGCAUCAGUCUCACCCUGUAUAUCAAGUCCCAUUUCUUCGUUACAAGUGACAGCUGUUAGUUCUAUAGGGCACAAUAUAUGGUGACAGCCUUGCUGUAGCCAGAAUGUACCUGCCACCUUUGCUAAAAGUAUUUUUAAAAUGUAAGAAAGCCUAUAUGGAUAUAUAUGGAUAUACUAAAUACAGCACCUCCCAUCUCUUUUAAUGUUUUAUUUUUCAAGUUGCUUGAUCUUGUUAUACAGCAUUUGGCUGCAAACUGUUGCAGACUUCAUUUUUACAGAUUUUUUUCUGAAAGGAAUCUUUGAAGAUUAUUCAUCACAAAACUAUGAUUACAAGUAUUAACAUUACAAAAUGUGGGACUCAGCAACUGUAAUUCUAAUACUAGUACUUAUACUAUUAUUACAUUUUAUACUUAAUAAUCCCAUUUUUGUUUUACAUGAAAAAAAGCGUAAAGUAUUAUAAUAAUAAUAAUAAUAAUAAUAAUAAUAAUAACAGCAAAAACAACAAUGAUGACAAUAAAGAAAAACAAUUAAAAAAGAAAAAAAAAAAACUCCCACUCAGGGUUCUGGCCCUUUUCAGUUGAAAAACCUUUGCUAUAGCACAUUGGAAAAAAAAGAAUCCAGACAUGAGGAAGGAAAAAGAUGAUAGUUACAUAAUGGACCUAAAGGAGAAGCACUUGCGUGCGAUUUUGAAAGGCAUGUCCAGGUGCUUAAGUUGCAAAGCAGUUGUGUUGGUAGGAUAACAUUCACUCUUCUGAAAAUUUAAUUUAUAUCCAGAAAAGGAGCUGAAUAUAUCAAGAGUGGACAAGAUACCGGGCAGACCAUAUACAUAGAGCAAUAAACCAUCUGCAUACAAUGAUAGUCGAUGUUCAACGCCAUUCCUAAUGACAUCCUUAUAUAAAGUAGAGGAUCACAACAAAAUGGUUCGAUGGCCAAGGCAAAUAGAGAUGGAGACAAAGGGCAGUCUUGACCUGUACCACGUUCCAAUGGAUAAUACUCUGAGCACACAUUGUUUGAAUGCUGGCUUGUGGUGAUGCAUCAAGUAAUUUCACCCAGCUAAUAAAUUAAUUAUCAAAACCAAUUUUUUCUAAAACAGCAAAUAAAUACUCCCACUCUACUCAAAUGCUUUGUCUGCAUCCAUUGAGAUCAUAAUCUCAGGUACCUUCUCAGAAUGUGCUGAGUGAGUAUUUAAGAGUAUGAGUAUUAAAAAAUAAAUCAUAAAACUGUUUUGUUCCUCAGAAAUAAUACUGGGCAUCACUCUCUCUAGGUGUAGAGCUAUAGCUUUUACCAGAACUUUUACAUCAGUAUUUAACAAAGAUAAGGGCCUAUAGGAACCACAUAAAGCUGGAUCUUUAUUACUCUUCAAAAAGAAGAGCUAUCGCAGCUUGGGUUAGAGUAGUUGGAAGCAAACCAUUUUCCAAGGAUUCAUAAAACAUCAACCGAAGUAGAGGUGUCAAUUUAUUAAUAAAUUUCUUGAAAAACUCUACAGGAUGUCCAUCAGAUCCUGGGGCUUUAUUAUACUGCAUUGCUUUAAUUGAGAAUUUUAUUUCUUAAAGGGAGACUGAGGAAUCUAGUUCUAAUUCUAGUUCAAUGGUAGGGAUUUCAAGGUAGGCCAGAAACUGAUUCAUAAUAGUAGUAUCAGCUGGAAAUUUGGAUUUAUACAAAGAAGCAUAAAAUGAUUUGAAUGUAGCAUUAAUGUCUAUCGGCUCUAUAACAGUUACAUCAACAUGGUUAUUAAUCUUAGGUAUCAAGCGUGAGGCAGAUUGACAUUUCAACUGGUGCACCAAUAGUUGAUUUGCUUCAUCACUAUGUUUAUAGUAAGUGCUACAUGUCUGCAAUAAUAGUUGCUCUACAUCCUUAGUUGAGAUGAGAUGAAAUUCUGUCUUAAGAUUAAGAUGUUUCUUAAACAGCUUUGGUCAAGGAUACCAAUAGCAAUAGUGAGUUCUGUAAGCGUGGCCUUAUGUUUUUUUAUAGUAGGAGUAUGAAAUAAUCUGCCCUCUGAAGAAAGCCUUCAGUGACUCCCAAAGAUUUCCUAAAUUUGUUCUGAUUAAAAAGGAGAAUCUCAUCAGUAGAAUUGGAUCUAAAUUCAAGAAAUUUGUUAGCUGCCAACAAUACAGAAUUAAACCUCUAAUGGGGAUAGAUAUAUGUGUGGACAGCUGAAUAUCGAAAAAAUAGUGGUGCCUGGUCUGAUAUUAAAAUACUUGAGUAGUCUAUUAAAAAAAAUCUAUUCUUGAGUGUGAUUGAUGGACCUGAGAAAAGAUGGAGAAUUAUUUAAUUGAAGGAUUACAAACUCUCCAAGGGUCAACCAACCCAUUUUGGUUCAUAAAGUCAGAAAAAGAUUUUGACAUAGCUGACUGAGAGAUUGGUCAUGAACUAGAUCUAUCUAGCACUGGGUCAAGUACACAAUUCAAAUCACCUCCAAAAAUCAACAAGUGAGAAUUUAAAUGAGGUAUGUUACCAAGUAAUUAGUUGGAGAAUUCAAUGUCAUUGAAGUUAAGUCAUAGACAUUUGUGUUUGCAUUAAUGUGCCUACAACCAUUAGGUAUCUGCCAUUUCUAUCAGCAAUAACAUCACUGGGUAGAAACUGAAUAUUUUUAUUGAUUAAAAUUGCAACUAUUUGAGAAGUCUCUCUGCAAAAACACUGUGUCUGAGUUAAGCGACCGAAAUUCGAGGUCCUCACACUUGUUUUCCAAUAAGGCAAACUAUGUGGUCAGUACAGACUGAGAGUUAUUCCAACAUUUCACUCACUGUAUCUUUGAUUGCAGCAAGCUCGGCAUCCAAAGCUGCUUUAUCAUAUGCCAGUUGUAUUUUCACUGAGUGUAAGUCAGCUCAGUGCUGCUUGGGGUUCGGUUUUAAAGAUCUCCGCAAGGUCUUGUUUCAACGAGUUUAGCAAUUCUCGCUUCAUGGACUCACAUCAACAACCUGUGGGACUUCCCUCAGAGAGGUGGAGCUGUGGGGUAAAGACGAAGUCCCUAGAUCCAGGGUCACCACCUGUGAAGGAGGAUUGUUGUGGCGCAGGUUUGGGUUUUUUUCCCACAACUCCUUUGGAUCACAGCUCCUUUGGUUUCUGUGUGGUCAUGGUAGGGGGUUCAAUUUAAGUGAAUUUAAGUCAAAACUCAUCAACUGCCUUCUGACAUAUGUAUUCAUGUUUUAGUAUUAAAAUAUAAAGGUACCGUAAUAACACUAGAUUGUUCUGUUCAUUAAAUCUGAGAUGAGAACCUGACUAAACGGAGCCAAAAAAUUAUCAGAGAACUGUAAUGCCUGUUGAUUAUAGUCUCUGUAGCACAGCUGUGAGAAAAAUUAUUAAAUAAAAAAUAUAUUGAAUAUAUAGUCCCAGUUGCCUCUACAUGUAGUGAAAAGCACAUACUGCUUCACAGAGCCAAUAAUGUUCCUUAUAUGCCACACUUAAUCUAAACAAACCAAUGGCACAAAGCCUAACCUCAGCUCCACCUUUGCAAUGAAUUGGAAUACUGACACAAUGCCAGGUCUUCUUUCUCAAAAUCAGUGGCCAAAAUCACUAAUGGUCAUGUUUGAAUGGGAACAAAUCACCUAAGAUCUAUUCCAGAAUCUAGUGGAAAAGCCUGUCCAGAAGAAUGGAACUGUUACAGCACGAAGGGGGUACCAUUUCUGAAAUGAUCGUCAGCUGUCCACAUAUUUUUGGGUUAUAUAGCUCAGUACUGGUAACUGUUUACCUGGCAAUGCUGUAAACCUGAUGUUAUUGGGGAUGCAUCAGAAAGUAUGAUCACAAAACAAAUGUAGCCACAUGUGUUCCUGACCACUUCCAUGAGUUGUCUGGGUGAAAGGAUUUCAAAAUGCAUUUGAUUAUAUUCUGUAACUGAAAAUCGUCCUGAGAAGUAGUGGUCCCAUCCAUGAAAAAGGACAAAUGAUAGGCUACAAGUUUUAAAGCUUAAAUAAUUUUUUUUAAAAUAAAUUCUCUAUGAAAUAAGUGCUCUAUAUAUACAUUUAUAUUUGAUUUCUAUACAUUUAUGUCAAAUGAAUGGGCUUGAUCAUAUCUUGGAAAAUUGCAGUUUUGUACAGCAUGAUUAUAUAAGUUGCCUGCUGCCAGGUAUCAUUAUUAUCUAAUGAUCAGCUGAUGAAAAUGACGUUAAAACAAAUAUUAGAAGUGAUACAUGUUGAUCCUGGAUUAUUUUUUUCAGAGAUGCCUGAUUCCCUGCUCCUUAGUGAUGUUCUUCAUGCACACAAACUCUGCAGCAAAGUUCUUCAUGCACUGUAUUUUCUACUAAACCAGAAAAAGCUGGUGCUUUUGCCUCUUGACAGACUUGCUUUAUUUUGAUUCCUGCUAAACAGUAUAGAUACCAGGUUUUAGGGCAUCACCCAGUUUAAUAGUAACACCUGUACCUCCAUGCAAUUUUCCAGUCAACCAGUGAUGUGGCAGCAGCACUGGGGUGAAUGUGAUCUCAGUGAUUUUGAUUAAAGCCAACCUUCCUUAUGUCAGCAGUCCAGGCUGGCAGUGUUGGGGAGUAACUAGUUACAUGUAAUGGUGUUACGUAAUUUAAUUACAAAAUAAAUGUAACAGUAAUUUGUUACAGUUACUGAGAAAAAAUGUGUAAUUAAAUUACAGUUACUUUUAUGAAAAUGUUAAAGAUUACAAAUAGGGUUACAUCUGAAUAUUUUCUUUAAAAAACUAGGAUAUGUUAAAUGAUAUUAAUUUGUUGCUAGUAUUUGGCGAGUGAUAAAAAUGCAUUUCAGUCCUGGAAAUUUAAAAAUAAUUUCAUCCUGAAAUCCGAUAAGGGGCAAAUAUAACAGUUCAGUGCAAAAUUUGUUUGCUAGCUGUUAAAAUCCUUUCAGCAUCAAAGGCUUCAAUGUCGAACCUGAGGAAGCAUCUGCAGGUAUGGAACCUAGCCUUUCUUUAUUUUAUAAAAGCAUAUGGUUUUUGUCAUUAUUGUGAGCGUACAGAAAUAAAAACAGACCCUUUAGUUUUGAAUGAUAUAUUACUCGUUUCUGUAUAAUAAAAAGUGAUGGAGUGAUAGCUGCUAUGUGGAAAAAAAUCCACUAAAACGCGUCAGCGCGUUCAUCAACCUCAUAGUGUACUCAAGACCUGUAUUCAGAACAUUCAGAACAAAUUAGCUAGUCUGCUAGCUACCUUUACCAGGCACACUUCUAUUUAUGAACCCUUUGAUGGAAAAUAUAUAGCUCACAUUUUUCCUCCUUGAAAAUGUGUUGGUAAUGUCAGAUCUAAUAUAACUUAGUUAUUUUAGCACUGUAGCAUACAUUAUGAUGACUCUCUUCAGAUUAUGUUUUUUUUCAAGGCAUUGUUACUUGCCAGUGUGUCCUGUCAUAGCUAUGCAAAGAUUUGAUUCCUAAAACAGUAUUAAACAAUUUUUGUUGCUAUGCUUUUGUUGCAAUUUUUUUUGCUGUGCUUAAAAUUAAAUUAAUAUAAUCUUAAUUCAAGUGAGGAAAGAUUUUGAAAUUCUAACAGUAAACAGAGUUGAGUUCUACUGUAAGGUUAACCCUGCCUGGUAUAAAUGUUUAGAAAUGAUUUAGUUGACAAUAUCUGAUAGAAACUUAAAAGUAAUCAAAUGUAAUCAGUUACUUUACUUUUAUAAAGUAAUUGAAACAUUACACUACUUAAUUUAUUUUAAACAGGGUAACUUGUAACCUGUUACAUUUCCAAAGUAACCUUCCCAACACUGCAGGCUGGUGAAUUCAUUCCUAUAUUCAGUACAGAUGCAAUAGAAUGGGAGAUUCACACUGUGAAAGUGCACCUGAAAAAUUUACAGGAAUUGCAUGGUGCAAUCAUGUUAACAUAGACCACAUUAUGUGAAUCUAAAACUUGUUUUUGGCCAUUUUGAGAGCAAUUGGAGCCCCUACUUUAGUAUUAGUAGUGUUCCCAAUAUAGUGUUUAGUGAAUGAUACACAGACACAAAGUUCAACAUCCAAAAUUACUGAAUUUCUGGGAUAUCAUGAGACUACAUGCUACAUCAGUAAUGAUGCACAAGUAUAAGAUCAAAUAUCAAAUACUGUAAGAAAAAUAAAAUGAUGAGGGCUUCGAAGAUCUUAAUGAAGAAAUUUAUUGCAGCAGUGACAAAAUAUGAAGUAUUUUAUCUUCACCGGCGUCAAAAAGAACGCAGAACAAAUCCUGUUCAACAUUUUAUACUGUGUUUCCUGCUUGUAAUUUAAAUGAUGUUUCACUUCAUAUAUUGAUUGUAAGAACUGAGUUUCACCCAGAUGGCCGGGUGAUACUGUCAUCUAGCCGGAUGUCCUCAAAUGAUAAUCACGGUCAUGUAUACCCUUUGUUCCGUGAUGGUCCUUGAUGUCCUGCUGCCACUCCUAUACUAAUAAAUCUUUGGAUUAAGUGUUCUAAAUGUUGAAUAAAGCUGGACAAUGUCCAUUGUUAAAAACGCUAUACAAAUAAACUGAAUUGAACUGAAUUAAACAUAUACCUCUAUGAUUAAACAUAUACCUCUUUUGUGAAGCUCUUUCUGAUAUUAUUCUGCCACUGUACUACAUUAGAACUACAGCCUUUUUCAGGGAUGGGCUUACAUUUCUGGCUGAAGCCCAGAUUGAUAUGCCUUAGUGAGUUUGAAGUUUGAAAUUGUUUAGCAACUGCUGAUCUCCUAGUAUUUCACACACAGCUGUCUCUAGAGUUUGCUUAGGAUAGUAUAAAAAUUACAGUAAGCAGCAGUUCUGGAGGUAAAAAUGCAUUUUUGAGGACAGAGGUCAAAGUUGAAUAGCCAGACUGGUUUGAACACAGUAAUGUCAAUAAACACCCUUUAAUUUUAAUUCAAUUUAAUUAUUUAUUUGUAUAGCAUUUUUAACAAUCAACAUGGUCUCAAAGCAGCUUUACAGAAGCAUAGAAACAUAGAAAAAAAUACAGUUAAAAGGUGAGUUACUAUUUAUCUUUAACAUUUCUCCCUAAUAAGCAAGCUUGAGACAACGAUUGCAAAGAAAAAGUCCCUUAUGAGGAAGAAACUUUGAGAGGAACCAGGCUCAGAAGGGAAACCAUCUUCAUUUGAGGGAUGUGGGAUGUAUAGCUUGACAGAGAAAGACAGAAAGAUAUUAAGUAUGCUUGUGAUCAUGUGAUGUUUAAAGACAAUAUAGAUUAUGUGCAAAGUGCAGACAGGGACUCCUGCCUAAGACUAAAAGGGUGUUGUGAAUUGACUGAAGCAGACCAGGGGACUCGGAAGUGGUGUUCAGCAGGAAUGUUUUAUUGUAGAUCAGAACACACUGCGUUGGUCACCAAGUCCAGUGAAAAGAAACUUGCGUUACAGUUUUAAAGGCCUUGAGUGGGCAGACCUUGAAGGUGUGACAAAACAAAAACCUUGAGGUGAUAGUAGCCCUCACAGGUGUUGACUCCCCGGUAUGAUAAUGCAAAAGCUUAGAGGUGAUACUCUUAAACAAAGCACUGAAUGGGAGAAAGGUCCCCAGAGUUUACUCCCCCCACUGCAGGCUAGUUCACAGUUCCUGAUCACCGUCUGAUUUGAUCACCAUUUGGUGGUGAGAGCUGGGUUAUGUAAAUUAUUAUUCAGAAAGGAAUGUAUGUUACAGUAGAUAUCAAAAUAUGUUUUCCUGGGAGAGCCAGAAGGUGACACACAUGAGGGCUUAACAUAAAGCACCCAACCACUUCACAGUCAGCAAACCUGAGCGACUUGUGAGGGUGGUAAUGUGACAGCAUCCAAACAUCCCAGUACACCAAACACUCUAUGCCCAUGAACCUUCCAGAUCUGUUUCUUUAUCUAAGAAAAACUAUACAUUGACAUUGAGACUAUGCCUAAAUCCCGAACACUAAUUGGAAGGCUGUUCCAUAACUGUGGGGCUUUAAAAGAAAGAGCUCUGUACCCUGCUGUAGCCUUUGCUACUACCAAAUAACCUGCACCUUUUGAUUGGAGUAGGCGUGGCGGAUCAUAAAUAACCAAAAGAUUGCUCAGGUACUGUGACACGAGACCAUUCAGUGCCUUAUUGGUCAGUAAUACUAUUUUAUAAUGUGUGAAAUUUGACUGGAAGACAAUGCAGUGUGGCUAAGAUAGGAGUGAUGCGUUCAUAUCUUCCGUUCUAGUUAGGACUCUAGCUGCUGUGUUCUGGACUAACUGGAGCUCGUUUAUGCUCCUACUGGAACAUCCAGACAGUAAGGCAUUACAAUAAUCAGAAAGCUUACUUCUGGCUGUAUGUGGUCCUAGUACAAGCACCUCUGUCUUGUCAGAGUUGAGCAGGAGGACGUUAGUGACCAUCCAUUGUCUAAUGUUCUUCAAUUUUAAUAAGCUGAUGUCUCUCAUCUGAAGUGAAAGCUUAGCUUUCACUGGUAUGCUGAUGCUAUAUGUUUCAGCUAAUACCAUGUUUACAAAUAUAACCCAGGGUAAUAUAAGGAGAAAAAAACCCGAACAUAACCUUGGUAUACAUAGAGAAAUCACUAUUUAGAUCUGAUAAUGAUCAGUCAAAUAAGACCUGAGUCAGGAGAUGGCUGUUCCCUUAACACCAACAACAUUUUCUAUUAUCAAGGAUAAUAGUGUGGUCAGUGGUGUCAAAAGCUGCACUAAGAUCAAGUAAGACAACACAACCCUGAUCAGAAGCCAGUAACAGGUCAUUUACUGCUUUAACCAGUGCUGUCUCUGUGCUAUGAUGAGACCUACAUGAUAUUAGCCUAUAGUUGGACAGGUCAUGGUCUGUUUUUUUAAUCAGGGGUUUGAUAACCGCUAGUUUAAAAAUAUUUAGGCACAUAGCCAGUGCUAAGGGAAGAAUUUCUCAUUUUUGGAAGGGCUUCAGUAGCUACUGGUAAUAUCUGUUUAAGGAAACAUGUGGGUAAGGGAUCUAGUAUGCAGGUUAAAGUUUUGAAAAAGAAAUUGGUGAAAUUAGAUCAGGCUCUUGAAGGGGCGUAAAACAUUCUAAGCACUGAUCAGAAAUAGUUAUUAUCUACAGGAUUAUCUAUCAUUAAGCUGUUUGGUUUUAAAUUAAUAGUCUGAAUUUUCUGCCUGAUAUCAAUUUGUCCACUGAAAUAGUUCUUGCACUCAUUGCUGCUGAAUAUACAUGGUGUGUGCUUUUCUGUUGUGGUUUUACUUCUAGUUCAUUUUGUUUCAUUAAUAAAUUAAAAAUUAAGGAUUGUUCUAGUUAUCUUUGAUUAGGGAAGAAAUAUGUGCUGAUUUAGCAGUACUAAGAUUUUUUUGUAGCUCAGAAGGCUUUCCUUCCAUGCUAGUUGAAAUACAGGUAAUUAAUUUGAUGCCAUUGAUGUUCUAAGUUUUUUUUAAGGUUUGUGUGUGGCCACUGUACCAGGGUGCUAGUUUCUUCUCUUUAAUUAUUUUCCUUUAGAGUGGAGCUAUGUGAUGGCCCGCCAUCAGCCACACAAUGAGCGGUAAUGUGCUCUUGCAUCUACACCUCUACAUCUACAUAUACACACACAUAUUCACUGCUCAUUUUGCAUCCUUUAUCUAGUCUUUUGUUCAUUCAAUUGCUUUUGUAUUUAUUUAUAUUAAUUUAACAAUAAGACACCACCACCGGUAAUUUCUUUAAGUAUUUAUUUAUUUCACAGUACCUCAUAGCUAGUUGGAGUGCACACAUUCUAGUUUGUUGUACUGUAUAUAUUUGAGUUGAAGUUACCUCUGAGCUGCUGAGGGGUGAAUGGCUGGAUCUGCUGCGCUGUGUUGCAGAGUCUCACUGCUGGACGUCGUUUAUAAAAAUCUGGCAUGCCGUGUCGGCUGCAACUUUGGUUCCGCCACCUGUACCAACGUGUAGACUAAUUGAGGGGGAGUAGGAUGUUUGCAUUUGAAUAUUUAUUCUCUAAUUGUUUUUUCUUUUUUUUUUCAAUACAUGUUUAAUUUGUUAUAGUUAUUUAACUGACAUUGUUAGCAGUUGUGUUGUAUUUUGGUGUUUAGUGAUGUGUCUUCCCCUUGUGUUUGUGAAUGGACUGGUCCGUUGUUAUAAAUGUCUUCCUAUUGUUUCAUUUGGGAGGUCAGUUUUGUUCAGUUAAGUUCUCUUGAGUUGAUCAGGUGAGUUUAGUUUUGAUUCUGUUGGCCUCCGCUAAAGGUUUUCUUCUUGUUUUUUAAUUUUUGAACUUUUUGUUCUCCAAUUUGGUGUGCACAUCUUGGAUUUAUUAAAUUAUAUUUUGGGAAACGUUUCUUUCUAUGCUCCUACAUUUCUGGGCUGCAUGAUCUCUCACAAGCUAUAAUAUCUAAGGUGUAGCAAAACACUGCCUCCAAGUAAUCAGUCACUUGAUCAAGUUCUGCAGGUUCAGAUGGCGAUCCACUCAUGGAUGUUAAUUCUGUUGGUAAAUCUCUCUCGAGUAACAGAUGUAAAUGUACAUCUGGAGGUCUGUGAAUAACAAUUAGUGGAAUUGACUCUGUGAACUGAUUUUUUGUGGCUACAUAUGUUAAUAACUUCAAACGUUGGAUUUAUGUCUAGAUUUUUGUGUGGCACUUAGCUUAUCAUGAAUAACUGCAACACCUCCUUCCCUGCCUGUUAGACACGGUUGAUGUAUAUACCUAUAACCCGGCAGACAAGCUUCAUUUAAUGCUACAUACUCGUUUGGUUCAAUCCAUGUUUCAUAUAAGCAUAGAACACUAAACUCCUGAUCAGUAAUCAGUUCAUUAACAAUAAGUGCUUUAAAUGCAAGAAGUCUUAGCUUCAAGUCCUAGCUUCAGACCACAGGUGCUGGCUGUGCAUUCACUAUGAUCUAGUUUUAUGUGAAGCAUAGACGAGUGGCGCUCCCGUGGGCGAGCCUAAGCAUUAGCCUUUGAUGAUUAAUGUACAUUUGAGUGAAUACAAGCUGGAUAUUGAAAAGAUCCGAAGUGGGUUUCCUCCGACAAAAAGCCCCCUGACCAAAAAAAAAAGGUACAUAUGAGCUCUAAGAAUGAGCAUCUGUUUCUGAAACAAUUUACAUCAGCAGUACUGUAAAUAGAAACCAGUACCUCAAUCAGAAUUAUAAUUAAUUACAGAAAUAUGUUUAAAAGUAAAAGAAAGUGUUCUUUAAAAUCUCACACACAUUUAAAGUACAAAAAAGAUCAAGAUCAAUUUGGAGUUUGUGUGUGCCCAAUUAACAUUAAAUUUUAUUUAUUCAAGAAAUACAAUUAUUUAUAAUGUGGAAAACUGAGUUAUUGCCAAGGCUAAAAAAAAAGAUUUUGUAAUGACAGUUGGUUUAUGAGACACACAAGAUAUCUUGAAACAAUUUUAAAAAAAAAUGCAGAACUUAAAACAACAACGUAUAUGGUGUUGAGCUACAUUAUAAAUGAGACAUGCCAAAAUCCUGCAUGCCCUGAGUGAAAAAGUGCACAACAAAACCGAUAAGAAACCUAUAUUCUGACAUAUAAUGCAAAAUCUCCUGAAUCCAUUCCACUGAAGAAAAAGCAAACAAGGCAUCUUGGUAAAAUAAAAUUAAAAAGAAGUUUUAUGCUUGUUUGAAUUUGAAUAUAAUCUGUUUCAUAAAACACCCCAGCUAGAUCUGCUCAGCUUUUAAUACAAUGCUACAGAUCAACAGAUUCAUUAUGCAUGAAUUCAUUUGUGGUUUUCAUUAACUUUAAGGAAAAAAAAAACAUCGCAGGAUAAUCUUAAAAGAUUUCUUAAAAUACAAUUGGACAGAAUAGCAAAUCUGGAACACUCACACAAAAGCUAGUGUGAAAUCUUACAUCAGAUGCCAUUUGCUCCAUUUUAUAAAGUGAAUAUAUUUAGCUUUUUUGUUCACAGUGGUUUAAAUAGGUACAUUUAAACAUAAAAAAGAAGGUAAACAUAAAAAACUAUGGAGAGGAAAUCAUGGAGUGCUUCCAAAGUUAGAAAAAGUUCCCUGCAUUAACUGGUGCCAAAACGGUGUGAAUGCUUUGUCACUAUGCAUAUAAUAGAUGACCGUAAAAUUAUAUGAGAUAAAAACCUAAAAUAAGAAAUGUGCAUCUUGAAGUAUUCAAGGCCCAUGCAGUUUGGGAGUCCAGCCUUCCACAGCUGAUGUAAGCAUGUAAAUGGAGUACAAAAAUUGGGGAGAAAACUGGGGCUGUUGUCAGUUUCAAGUGAUUCCACACAAUCACUAUGUCAGAGAAAAACUCUGUGAAGCUGUGACAAAUAAAAAACAUAAUAGCAAAAGUCCAAAAAUGGCCAGUGCACUGGUGGCAAGCCUUAUUUCUUUGCCUGCUUGGUGACCAUGUUACGUGGUGGAGUUACUGGACGGCUCGAGUUCUGCUUCUUCUUCUCUGCUGGCUUUAAAAUCUG